UAUUCUAGUUAGUUGCUAACAAAUGACUAAUAAGGCUAAGUACUACGUAAUGGCAAUGUGUCCUAGAUUCAUGCAAAUGCCAUAGUAUAGGUACGGUAUUAGGUACCUAUACCUUGCUUAGAAAUCUCCUUCCGCUUUAUCUAUGGGUAAUUAAAGCCAUUCACUAAAUAUCCUGCGCGCAUCUGACUGGAGCUCUUUGAAUGGGCGGCGUUAUUUAAACAAGAAUGCUAUAAUUAAAUUUCCGUCUUAUCAGUCUCACUCUACGGUCGAAGCGAGGCGACGUGUCACUCGCGCAGCUGACAGAGGGGACAAAACAGACAGCAGAAAAAUAUAGUAAACAUGAGCGGCCGUGUGCAAACCGUUUUGGGCGCCGUGUCUCCGAACGUGCUCGGUCGCACGCUCACGCACGAGCACGUGUCCAUGGAGUUCACGCACUUCUACCGCCGCCCGCCCACCGCGCUGGCCUCCAAGUUCCCCGCCAAACACAUCUCGCUGCAGUCGGCUGGCUACCUGCGCCAGUACCCGUACUCCUCCAAGUAUAACCUCACCCUUAAUGACAAGGACACGGUACAGGCGGUCCUCAAUGACGUCAAGAUGUUCAAGGAGUCUGGGGGAGGCACGAUCGUAGAGAACUCCGCCGAGGGCCUGGACCGCGACCUGUCGUUCGUGAAGCGGCUGUCGACAGAGACCGGCGUGCACAUCGUCGCGGGCACUGGCUACUACAUCGCCGACACCCAGCACGAUGACUCGCUGCAUCUGACUACGGAGGAAAUGUACAAGCAUAUGAUGGCAGAGCUGAUGGAGGAGUGUGUGGGGGAUAAAAGUAUCAAGGCGGGCUUCAUUGGGGAGGUGGCCAGUGGGUGGCCCAUCAGAGAGUUUGAACGGCGAGCGAUUGUGGCGGCAGGCGAGGUGGUGGAGCAGCUGGGCGUGGGCGUGAGCUUCCACCCCCAUCGCAACCCCGAUGCCCCCGCCGAAAUUAUCCGGAUCUACCUCGAGGCCGGAGGCAAAGCUGACCGCGCCGUCAUGAGCCAUCUCGACCGCACCCUGUUAGAUGAAGAGAAGCUCCUAACUUUCGCCGAACUCGGCACCUACUGCCAGCUAGACCUGUUCGGCACGGAGGUGUCGUACUACCAGCUGGCGCCCGACAGCGACAUGCCGAGCGACGCGCGCCGCGUGCAGCUGCUGCAGGCGCUGCUGGACGACGGCCGCGGCGAGCGCUGCACCAUGUCGCACGACAUACACACCAAGCACCGCCUGGCGGACUUCGGCGGGCACGGCUACUCGCACAUCCUCCACAACGUGCUGCCGCGGAUGAAGGCCCGCGGCUUCACGCAGCAACACAUCGACCUCAUCACCAUCGAGAACCCCGCACGGUGGCUCACCAUAGAUAAACAAUUCUAAUAUUUAUCAUGUUACAUCAUAGACGACUCGGUUUGUUAGCCAGUCGCCGGAACAAGUUUCGUGGCGUCCGCCUGGUGGCUUAGGAUGGUAUUCCACCUCUCCAGUUUUUUGUCCAAUGUGCAUUGCGUCUCUUGGGCCCACUGAUGAACAGUCCGCCGGACGGCAUCGGCCUGUCAGUUGUUCGGAUCUGUCACCGUUUUGUUCUAACUGACAGGCCGACACCGUCCGGCGGACUGUUCAUCAGUGGGCCCCUUCACUCUCUCAUUAAACACAAUGUAAGACGCACAUACACAUUGGAGCAAGAUAUUGGACAGAUGGAAUACCAACCUAAGGAACAACUUAGUCAUUUGACAGUCAAUAGAGGUCGUGUAUGGAAAUUGGAGUCCGGAAGUUCUUAUUUUGGCACAUAUUAAUCAUCGCUUUUAGAUUCCCCGCCGUCCAAGAAAUGCAUAAAAAAUAUUAACAUAUCUUACAUAUCAAAAAUAUUGAAAGUGUUUCAAAUUAACUGUGAUUAUUUUAUACAUAUUCAAGAAAUAAUAAAUUGUACUCUCAUUUUAAUACAGACAGAUAAAAAAGCGCUGGUGGCCUAGCGGUAAGAGCGUGCGACUUGCAAUACGAAGGUUGCGGGUUCAAACCCCGGCUCGUACCAAUGAGUUUUUCGGAACUUAAGUACGAAAUAUCAUUUGAUAUUUACCAGUCGCUUUUCGGUGAAGGAAAACAUCGUGAGGAAACCGGACUAAUCCUAACAAGGCCUAGUUUACCUUCUGGGUUGGAAGGUCAGAUGGCAGUCGCUUUCGUAAAAAUUAGUGCCUACGCCAAAUCUUGGGAUUAGUUGUCAAGCGGACCCCAGGCUCCCAUGAGCCGUGGCAAAAUGCUGGGACAACGCGAGGAAGAAGAAGAUUUUAAUACAGACGUAUGUUUUUUUAUGUUAUCUUAUACAAUUGUUAAUUCAUCUAAACUUACAACAGUGUUUUAUUUCUUUCACUACUCGAGAUUUCUUGGACUUUAAAUUUUCUCUCAAUUAUAUAAAUUUCAAAUAAACAUUCCUGCUGCCUGAGUACUUGUGCAAAACGAAGGGAUAUUUAAUAAGAAUAAAAUGAACAUAUUUAAAGAUAAGUUUUAUUUAUAUCACGUCUUAUCGUUUAUAUUAUGUACAGUCACUGAAACGCGCCAAUUCUUUACAAAUUAAGAAAUAUACGUAUUAUGAGAAA